CGGCACAGUAUAAAAAUCAAACAAAAUGGGCAAGGCAACGAAGAGCACUAAGAAUUUCCGCAAGCAGCAGCGGAAGACUGCAAAAAAAGGCACGAGCGGAAAGCAGAAGAAGACGUUCCAGAUUCGACAUGCAAAUGCCGUGAAAGAGUCCAAGAAACAAGCUAGGAACCAAAAUAACAAAAAUCAGCAUUCAGCAAACUCAUCUAAGCGAGAUGCAGGCGACGAGCACAAUGACGACGAGCAAGAAGUACGAGGAGAGCACCAAUCAGUGGAUACAAUCCUGAAAGAAUCUGCUGAUCUUUUCGGACUAGGAAAGGACCAGGACGACGAUCGUAAUCUCGCUGUCCUAUCUGAUGACGAUUCCGAUGUCGAACAGGAUGCUUUUUCAGACUUGUCAGAGUCGGACAUGUUGGAAGAUGAAGACGAAGAAGAUGUCCUGGAUGACGAUGAAGAUGAAGGUGCUAAGAAGAAACAAACAGAUGCUGCACAAGGCUCUUCAUCUGGUGCAACAUUCACCAGCCACGAGGAAGAGUUGGAGCAUUUGAAGACAGCAGAUCCAGAGUUCUACAAAUUUUUGCUCGAAAACGACCAAGAUUUGUUGAAUUUCACUGCCCCCGCUGGUGGUUUAGAGGGAGAUGACGGAGAAGGCGAUGAUGAUGCUCAAGAUGACGGAGAAGGAGAAGAAGAUGCAUCCGCAGGUUCUUCUACGAAGAAGAAGAAGAAGACGUCGAAAACCGACGGAAUGACGCAGGAAGAGGCGAUGAAGAGUGGUGGUGGUGCUGCAGGCUUGCUUACUAUGGAUCGCUGGGAGCUGAUUUCCUCCAGCGCUCUAGAUCGCAAGUCCUUCCCGAAUUUGCGCGCUGUUGUCGGUGCUUUCCGCUCGGUCGCUCACACGUUAAAAGGAGGCGCAGCUAUGACCUCGGAUUUCGGCACUAAAGGAACUGAUGGUAUCUUCAAACCGGCUUCCUACGGCGACCAGAAGGGACCAAAGGGCAGUAAUUCUAAGAACCAAGACAACAAGAUUGGCAAGCGAAAACUGCGGAAGAUGGAGAUGAAGAAAAAGGAAGAAGCUUUGGACAGAAAACGAGGCAUCUUCGAAGUUGAGGACGCUGAUGUCUGCACAAGUGUCAUCACGUGGACUUCUCAGCAUAUGGCGGAGAUGUUGGAUUUUCACAUGUCCGCUGCAGCUUCCGCUGAACAAAAGUCCGCAUCAUCUUCUAGUACCUCUUCCAAAAACGCGACUGCCCAUGUCGACGUGACCCGCAACCCCAAACGUUGGAACAAGGUCCAUUCUGUUGCACGCAUCUUCGUUCAAGAAGCAUUGACCCUUCUCCGCUGCUGCACUGCCCCUACUCAUUUGGUCGCUUUGCUGUCGCAACUGCAGAGAAUCGAGUUGCAAAAGUACGUCUUCCCCUUCGCGAAAGUAAGGCACUUGUACACGAAAACAGUGGCAACCUUGUGGGCCAUGUCCGCGGAUAUGCGUGUGCGAGAAUUUGCCUUCUUCUUCCUGCGCAAUGCCUGUGCGCUGCCAGCCCAGAUCGGAGACCAAGCUCUGGGUGGAGGAGCUGACAACCCGUCGGAUACAACUAGUAACAACAACAAGAAGAAUGCUGGAAAGAAAAACAAACGUGCAGAUUCGAAGAAAGGACUCGGUCGGGGAGGAAAAGCAGUACUACUACUAUUACAGAAGCAGGUUGUUUCAAGUUAUAUAAUUAAGUAGUAGAACGUUCUUGGAGCAAAUGAGAAUCGUUCUCGUCGUCUCCCCUGAUGAGUACAUAGAAUACUUGCUACUUCUGACGUCUGUCAGGCGAGUGAGAUCACACUUCUAACCACCAAGAUCGCUGAGGAGCCAACGACGAACUUUUUCUCAAUUGAAUUCUGAAAUUUUUUUUCUCAAAGAGCUUUUGAACUUGGAAUCGCUCAAAUUGGAUUCCUUCAAAUUUAAAAACUCAAUUAUCUACAUCACAUCCAAAUCAAAACAGACUUCUGCUGCUGCAGAGCUCGAGUCUAUUAUUCUCGCUGUUUGCCGCGCUUUCUGCGAUGCGGGUCGUCGCUCGAACUAUGGUUGGCGACAGAUGUCUAAUUUCCGGUUCAUGGAGAACUGUGUGCUCGAACUGCUGAAGUUGGACUCAAAUACUGCUUUCCGCGUCAGCUACGCAUGUGUGAGACAGAUGGCGAUCGUCUUGCGCAACUCUAUCCAGGCUGACUCCACUGGCAUGGGCGCCAUUACGAAGGAGAAGCAAGAGCAAAACCAGAAAAGUGGGGGCAAAUUGGCGAAGAAGAAAGCGAGUACGGAACAAAAAGUGCAUAUGCUCUAUCAGUGGCAAUUCGUGCGGUCCAUGUACUUGUGGUCACGAGUAGUCGCAAGCUUGCCAGAAUUACGGAAGCAAAUGGCGAAUCCGUUGUGCAAGGUACUGCUUCUAAACACUUAUUUUUGGUUCGCAGAUAACAAAAACAUCAUAAUACUAUUAGUUGUUCUUCUAGUUAGAAGAACAGUCAUCAUUUGUGCAUGGUAUUAGCUACAAAGACUUGAAUCGAAAUUCAAAAGUACAAAAUCUUUUAGUAUUUUCUCACCACAAGAACAACAUCUAUAUCUUCAGGUAAUCACAAUGGCGAUGGAGACGCGAAGUGCAAGUCUCAACUUUUUUCCGUAUGUCUACCACUGCUUGCGAUGCUUGAACCGCGUCAGUGCUGAGGGCGAUCUCUUCGUUCCUACUGCGGACAGACUCUUGCAACUCUUGCAACGGUUGAUUGGACAACUCGACAAGGCUGCUGCUGGUGCCAGAGGUGGAGGUAAGAGUAGUCAGGGUGAUGGACCAGACGGCGGCAACACUAUGCUCAGACCCAUUGAAGUCGACGUAACCUUGCGAAUGAGCGACCGACACAAGCUCAGCAUGCCUGUACUCGAAGGAUGUGUCAGAGAUUUGAAGUUCCUCUUCGUGGAACAUUUGGGCGUUCUAGCUCGUUCAGUAGGCUUUCCAGAAUUGACGCAUCCGGUAACGACAUUGGUAAAAAAACUGACGAAAACAGCGAGAAAUAAGGUCGUGAGAAAAGACUUCGCACAACUGCUGCAACACGUGGACACGACGUCCAAGGAAGUCACGCAGUUGCGGCAAGGAAGUACUUUUGCUUUUUCUUACAUUAUUUGUGAAUAGUACUACGUCUGUGUACUAAAGCUACAACUAGAAGGCAUCUUCUACAAUCUAGUUCCAUUUGAUGUCACUCUAGUGUAUGAUAACUUCUGUCAAAACUAAGUACAACUUGCUUCUCCUUUCCGACCAAUCCAUAUUGACCACCAAUCCAUCUCCUCCUAUCCACCAUCUCCAGUUACUUCCUUACGGGAUUCGCAGUUGCUUGAGAAGUUCCAAGUCUUCGAAGAAAAGAAGGUCGCGUUGGCACGUUGGCGUCGUGAACUUCUCGACGAACGACUUACUGCCGAGAAGACUAGAGUAGAAAUGGAGACCGCAGCACCUAUUAAAGCAGCAUCUAGUACAGCGGACAAGAAGAAGAAGAAGCGAAAGAGUGCCGAAGACGACGAAGAUGACGAAGACGAAAACGUCGAAGGAGCUGCGGCAAUGGAGUUGAUGCCGGACGAGCGAUCUAAGAGAUCCCUGAAGCGACAACGGCAGAAGGAAAAGAAGAAAUCGCUGGACGCAUCCUCAGGAAAGACUGGUGAUAAGAGCAAGAAGGGAACUUCAUCUGCCGGAACUGGAGGAGGUGAGAGAGUAGAAGCGGCAGAUUUCUCAUCAGAUGAAGAUGACGAUGCAUAAGGAAUUUGAAACAGUGUUAACGAGGAUCCUAUUAGUUUCUAGCAAAGAUAGUACCGAUAAUUUUCCCCCACCCUGUGGUCUUCUCUCGCAGACGCUCAUUAAGCCGUGUUCCCGCCGGAUCAAUGCAUGAAUUAAGACAGG